UAGCCGCCUCCACCGCGUCCGGCAAAUUUAGAAUGGAGCGCAGAGGGUCGGCAGCAAUACAAAGAUUCUUUAUUGUCAGCCCCGGGGGAAGGGGGAGCAGGAAAAUCCCUUAGAAGAGGGAGGCCGCGCUGCUCGUCCCAUGGAAUAAAAGCUGCGGGCGGAAGCCUUAUUAACACUAUUAUUCUAUAUAUUCUAUAUCUCGCUGCUUUCUUCAGGUGGACGCUGCUCGGUUUGAUGACAGGGAGAGAGACUCUUGACAUUUAAUAAAGCGCAGGAGCUUACGAUCCACCGUCGGCAGCAAUUCUCGGCUCGGCAGGAAAACCUUUCAGGAUCAGAUUAGCACAAAGAACUUUACAUUGUAGAUCAGUUUCAUGACUUCACGGGCAGUCGAGCAGUGACGUGUGGCGCCCACCGGUUUUCUCGACUUUAUGCCUGGGACAAAAAGUCAUUUGGAGCUUCCACUCUUCACUGUUUCAUGUGCUCGGUGCAUCAAAGAAAGAAGACUGACUUGGAGGGAAUGCAUCAUCCAGAGCAGAAAUAACACGUGUCGCCACACCGAGGUCAGCAAUGAGCCGUCCACGUGACACCGCCAAGACGAGUGAAACUGGCUCCUUGUGGCUUGGGACGGCGUGAGAAUUGGUAUGCCAUCCAGCUCUGAAGUUCUGACCAGCGUCAUAGCAGAACGCAGCUCUGAUCAGUGGAAGGACAGUCACUUCAUAAGGAUGUCGUCCAAACCCGCCACCUCUCCAUUCACCUGUAAGGCUGAUGGAGAGGAGGAGUUAUCCGGAGGAGACCUGUCUUCACGGGAAAAAGAGGACCUGGAUGAGCAGUCCCUGGGCGGCCUCCUGCCCCUGCACACCCUCCUACACACCAAACCUCACCCCGAGGAACUGACGUCACUUGUCAACAACAUGCAAGCCGACGCUGACUGGGAAAACAUGAUGUCCACCCAGCAUAGAAUGGACCUGGACAGCAAUAAAUUACGUUCCCUCUAUUCCUUCCGAACUACGUCUACCUCACCACACAAGCCUGACGAAGGCGCUCGCGACCGCAGCGAUCUUAUGAGCAGUGUUAACUUUGGGACUCCAGAACGACGCAAAGGAAGCCUGGCCGAUGUGGUGGACACGCUGAAACAAAAGAAACUGGAAGAGAUGACGAAGUCGGAGCAGGAGGACUCUACUUGUAUGGAGAAGCUUCUUUCUAAAGACUGGAAGGAGAAGAUGGAGCGGCUAAACACAAGUGAACUUCUCGGGGAGAUUAAAGGAACGCCGGAAAGCCUAGCAGAAAAAGAGCGACAACUCUCUACCAUGAUAUCGCAGCUGAUCAGCCUUCGAGAGCAGCUCCUGGCCGCACAUGAUGAGCAGAAGAAGCUGGCAGCUUCCCAGAUAGAAAAACAGCGACAGCAAAUGGACCUGGCAAGACAGCAGCAAGAACAGAUCGCACGGCAGCAACAGCAACUACUGCAACAGCAACACAAGAUCAAUGUCCUUCAGCAGCAGAUCCAGCAGGUCCAGGGUCACAUGCCUCCUCUCAUGAUCCCUAUCUUCUCACACGACCAGCGGACGUUGGCAGCGGCGGCUGCAGCCCAGCAGGGAUUCCUCUUCCCCCCAGGACUAACCUACAAACCAGGUGAUAACUACCCCGUGCAGUUCAUUCCAUCAUCGAUGGCUGCUGCCGCCGCCUCUGGACUCAGCCCGUUACAGCUCCAGCAGAUCUACGCAGCACAGCUCGCCAGCAUGCAGGUGUCUCCAGGAGCCAAGAUGCCGUCCACACCGCAGCCACCAAACUCUACCGGAGCCCUGUCCCCCACCGGAAUGAAGAGUGAAAAGAGAGGGACCAGCCCUGUGACACAGAUCAAGGAUGAAGCCGCACAGCCUCUGAAUUUAUCAGCGCGACCGAAGACAGCAGAGCCCGUAAAGUCUCCCACAUCGCCGACGCAGAACUUCUUCUCGCCCAGUAAGACCAGUCCUGUGAGUCUAUCCAACAAGAGCGGCAUCCCCAGUCCGAUCAGCGGAGCCUUGGGCAGAGGAUCCUCCUUGGAUAUCCUCUCCAGUCUGAACUCUCCCGCCCUCUUCGGAGACCAGGACACGGUCAUGAAAGCCAUACAAGAAGCCCGCAAGAUGAGGGAGCAGAUCCAGAGAGAGCAGCAGCACCAGCCCCACGGCCUGGACAACAAGCUGCCACUCAGUAACAUCGGCCUGAACAACUGCAGGAGCGAUAAGAUGCUGCUAGAUGCCAUCUCAGGAAGGAUUUGCAUUAGGAGUGCACACACAGAGAGGACACAUUACGACAAUAUCGGUGCCCAGUUAUCAGGGAAACCCGGCGAAGACGGAAAGUUGGGGCCUGGGGUCAUCGAUCUGACAAGGCCAGAGGAUGCAGAGGGGGGCACCACAGUGGUGGAGGCGCGAGUCUACAGGGACGCACGAGGACGCAGCAGCAAUGAGCCGCACAUCAAACGACCAAUGAAUGCUUUCAUGGUUUGGGCAAAAGACGAAAGAAGGAAAAUCCUGCAGGCGUUUCCUGACAUGCACAACUCCAACAUCAGCAAAAUCCUUGGUUCCCGCUGGAAAUCCAUGUCCAAUCAAGAAAAACAACCUUAUUAUGAAGAACAAGCACGGCUGAGCAAGAUCCACCUGGAGAAGUAUCCCAACUACAAGUACAAGCCGCGGCCGAAGCGCACCUGCAUUGUGGACGGCAAGAAACUGCGCAUCGGCGAGUACAAGCAGCUGAUGAGAUCCAGGCGGCAGGAGAUGAGGCAGUUCUUUACUGUGGGGCAGCAACCUCAGAUCCCAAUCAGCACAGCGACCGGGGUUGUAUAUCCGGGUGCAAUCAGCAUGGCCACGACCACGCCGUCACCGCAGAUGACAUCAGAUUGCUCCAGCACUUCCGCCAGCCCUGAGCCCAGCAUCCCCGUCAUACAAAGCACCUAUGGCAUGAAACUGGACGCUGCCAGUCUGGGCGGGAACGAUCUGAUGAACGGGGAGGAUGAAAUGGAAAUGUACGACGAAUAUGACGAGGAGCCUAAAUCAGACUAUAGCAGUGACAAUGAGGCCAAUGAAGCCGUGAGUACCAACUGAGAAAACCACGAGCCUGCCAGGAGGAGACGAAUAACCCGCUCUCGAACAUUUCUUGAAGAGCCUGCAUGCGUAUGUGGUUUCCACAAUCUCAUCAGCAGAAUGGUCUUAAAUAUUUCAUGUGUGACACAGAAUGACUUCCCCCAGUUUUUCUUGAACUUUUUUUUCUAUUUUAUUUUAAGUGAACACAUAUGUAAAAAGAUAAAAAAGAAAGUCUCCGCCAUCAGGACUUGAACUGAAAUGAACCCGUAGCCGUCUGCCGAGUCUUACAUUUAGUGUGUUUUCCUUUUUGAAUGCUGAUAGUUUUGAGUUACUGUUUUUGGAUGGGGUAUAGACAUUCUCACUCAGGUAUGUACCAGCCAAUAAGUUGUGAAUGUGUUUUUAUGCUGAAUUAUUUUAGGAGGUAGGUACUGAUUUUUACAAGCGGACGUGUAGACAGCUGCGCAGAACUCUCUGCCGUGGAACCUCUUUGGACGCUUCUCCCUCUCGAUCCAUUACUUUGGUGCCAAACAUCGUUGACGUCUUAAAAAAAAAAAAAAAAGUCUUAGAAAAUGCAAAGAUUGCCCGUUUUGCAUGGCAUGGUCUUAGAGAGGGUGUAGUGCAGCUGACGGGCGCUGCUGCGGGGCGAGCUCGUUUUCAGUGACUCCUGCGUCCGCCUCGUAGCCCCCGCUUACCUGUGCGUUUAGUCUUAACACUCUCUCCUGAUUUGACAAUAUUCAUUCCAGAAUGCAAAGGGUCCAUCUGAAUUUCACAGCACCCCCCAGAGAUACUGCUGGUGAUUGGAGAAAUCCUGCUUAGAUACGUCCUGCCAGGUUAGGUACGUGGUCAGUGGUGGAGGAUGUCAUAUACGUGAUGAGAGCGUCUCACAGCUGUCUCCAGUAAAAGGUCUUUUUUGUAUUUUUUGGUGGGAUGUCAUUGCGCAGCUUUGUACAUUAAGUCAUUUUUAUGCAUUUACUUUAGUCAUUUAUUUCUUUUAAAUGACUAACUGAAAAAAAGCUAAAAAAAAUUUUAAAAAAAUUGUAUUAUUAUAGCAGCAAAGAACAAAGCGACUGUUCUUCAUCUGAAACUUGAUUUUUCUUGUACGACAGAAAACAGAUUUUGUGCCCUUAGUGUUAUAUCGAGCACUGGAUAGAAAUGGUAUUUUUAUCACUUCUGACAAAUGUGAAGCUAUGAACAAACGUCGCCGGCUCCUGCGCGCCGAGUCAAUCAUAUAUACAGAUAUAUCAUUUUCUACUUAUUUCACUUAUUUAUACAGGAAGCUUUGCGGUUUUGAGCGCUUGGUUGAAGCUUCGGGAUCGCACCGCCGUUGUGGCCCUGCGACCAGCCAUUUACAAGGCAAACCUCAGAAUCACCAAUCAUAUGCACUGACGACAAGGACGGCUCUACAGUAUUACAGAUCGGGGGGGGUUCCUUAUUCUUUGCCUGCAUUAGCCCCCAUCUCAUGGACACGCGCUCCGUACACAUUAGCUCACAGGUUUACACCCGGCUUCACCAUAGUUUCUCCUGUUGUACCCCAAGUGCUGGAAGAAUGGAAGAGUCCAAUGGGAGAAAGGGGAGGCAGUAGGAAUGGAAGAGUCCAAUGGGAAAAGGGGAGGCAGGAAGAAUGGAAGAGUCCAAUGGGGGAAGUGGGGAUGGAAGAAUCCAAUGGGGGAAAGGAGAGGCAGGAGGAAUGGAAGAGUCCAAUGGGGGAAGGGGAGGCAGUAAGAAUGGACAGGGAGAAUGGAAGAGUCCAGUGCGGGCAGAUUAGCUGCGAGGCGGAACAAAUAACUGAUGAGCGCCAUUAGGUGUCAUUAAAUCUGUCAGAUUGUCCCAAGACGUCAUCUGUGCUGAGAUCACAGGCCCUGAGCCCUAACAAGCCCAUAAACCAGUCCCAUCAAUGAAUAAGUGGUCACUCUGUAAUGUGCACAGAUGUAGCAGAGCAGAAUUUGUCAGGUAACUGUUUACAUCAGAGGUAGCACAACGUCAUAGCCCCAGAAUUCAGCUCUGCUACGUCUGCCUGUAGAAUAGUGCGCAACCACCGAGCCCCUGAUUAAAUCCAAGGGAUUCUUUACUUUAGUUGAGGUUUGGCGCAAGGUUCCCACUAGUGUUCUACUGUCAGUGACUGAGCUGAGGGGGGUUGUAGUACUUAUUAAUAGCGGCUUGUACAUGGUGCCGGAGACGCCGCUGCAGCUUGAAUUGCUUUUAGUACCUGACUAGCUGCAGGGUGGGAUGUGGGCGUCCGAGGACGGAUGCUUCCUGCUGAUUCUUACUGAUGGUACUAAUCACACAUUUCCAGCCAGGAGACUUCUCUUCCAGAUGAUGGUACUGAUAGGAAGACGUAACGUGGGGGACGCUGCAGACCAUCCACUCGGCUGAGACUUGCACUUUACUGAACUUGGAUUUCUAGAUAGUUUAGAACAUGGGAAUUGGGGGCGACAUCAUUGUAACUGGCAGAAGGACACCGGAGGGGUGCAACAGAGUAAUGGCGGCAGUCACAAUCUAUGCAGGGAGAGGAUUAUACUGACAGGUGAAGGUCUAUGGGGGGCAUCCAUGCAGAAAGCAGCAGAAACAUGGGGUCCGGUCUCAUCCCGCAGGUCUUCAGCUGCACAGUACAGGAUGUGACGGCAAUACCCGGGGGGCAUCUUACAAGACACCUCGGACGUUCCGCACGUGUCCUGUACCCGUCCUCGGGUACUACGGCUCUUCACAGUUCUGCUUGUUGCUGACACAACCCAACAUCUUAUAUCCCAUAAUGCACUGAGGUGGUUUAUGGCCCCCCCAUGUCAGACUGCUGUACAACACAUCUUGCUGUCCCAGCUAUAAAACAGCAGGUAGAUGUGCAGCUUUGGGUGUGACUAGAGUACAAGGUGAUGUCUGACUGAAAAAGGGGAAAAUGUAAACUGAAGGCAGAGUCUGAGCAGCAAUCGGAAGAACUGUGAAUGCAGCUCUGGAUGUACACUGUUUACCACCAGAGCAGCGGGAUCUUUGUUCUGCUGACUACCAUGUACUGCCACUUCCCAGCCACACACAUCAUACCAGGUUGUCAGGUACUGGGCUGUAGGUGCACAGUUUAACCUUAUGUAGCUUAGGAGUGUAACUAGAAGUGCAAAGUCUUGGACCCUGUUAUGUGCAGUGACAAUGAUUGUCAGCUCUUCAGUCGAGGAGUAAUGCAGACAGUAUAAUAAACCCGGUGAGCGCUGCUCCGUGGUGUCCUCCUAUUGAUGCCGCCAGACGCUCGGCUGAUGCUUCUUGUGGAUGUCUUAUGUGUUGCUAACAGCGAUGGGUUCGUUCUUCAGUACACGCAAUGCUGGCGAGGCCCAACGCGUUUCACACUCAGUCUCACUGUGGCGCCUCCAGCAUUCAAGGGUUUGGACAAUUUUGAUUAGAAUGUGAAAUAAAGUUUGAGGUCUCUGGGGGGGGGGGGGGUGAGGAGUGGCCCCCCAGCGCCCGCGCGCUUCACGCUCGCUGACCUCAGUUUACAAAAGCACUUGUUACAUUUCAGUUCUUCCCUCCCCCACUCCUUUGUUUUGUACAGUGGUUUAUGUUGUAUUUUCUACAUUUUUGAUAGGACCCCGCGUGGAUCAUUUUAUAGACGGAUAUGUCUCGCUCAUCUCUUGGACGUACACAAUGUUUUAAUUGCUGUAAAAACUUUUGUGUUUUUUUUUUUUUGUUUUUUUAAAUCUGCGCGCCGAGUGCAGAAUAGUAUUCUAUAGAAUAAGUUUAUGAGAGAUGCAAAAAGAACUUUGCGACAGGAAAGGAAUAUUUAAUUUAAGCUCUGCUUGGCUAAGGACUGUGAGCCGGGCCCCGGAGCUCACACAUAAUGGGAUACGUGCAAAUACAAAAGCUGCCUGAAUGCUGCACAUUGCAGACCGGCGAGUGUGCAUCGUCUGUUCGUCUUCCUCGUGUCAAUAUGUCUGAUGCUUUUUUUAUUUUUGUUUCGUCUUUUAAGUUAAGGUAAAAAAUUAAAAAAAUAAUGCAAACUUUUUUUUUCAUUUUUUUUUUUUUACAUCGUGUCCCUUGCAAUUUAUAGCAAAAUAAAGAAUACAAAGCGGCUUAGCGUUUGUGUCCUGACCGCGGUCCAGGAGGCUCUUAUUAUAUGUAACCCUUCCUACAUUGUAAUUUGUGAUGUAUAUUGUGAGGUUGUACUUUAUGUUAAUUUAAUCAGCACAAUUCACUGACAUGCUGGACUGACACGCUCGCUGCUCUUUGGAAGCAUACGGCUUUAUACCGGGCUGAGGCUCGAGCCGGGGGGGGGGGGGGUACCUUGGAAACGCCCGCUCGCAUUAAAGCCCACAGAUUUUGGAUGUUUUUGAGCUCUCUGUAAGAGGCCGAUACCCUUGUGGGCCAAUGGCUUGCGAUUAUUUGGGCGUUUAGAGGGAAUCAGACUGAACUGGUGUCUAUUGCUGCUUUGAAUGAAAUGUACAUAGUUUAUGAAGAGAAUCCUGUACAGUCCAGUGUAAAGUUUUUAACUGAACUUUGAGAAGUUGCCAUCACUUGUGUCUCACCUCUUGCUCCAGUACAAUGACCUGAUGAAUAAUCAAUAAAUCUGCUCAGAACGAUGAGCCCCGUUCUCGCUUUGACUCCUUUUGUGCAGUAUUGACGUGAGGUAACGUGAUGCGGCUCGGAGGACGGACCACCAGAGCCUCGGCAAGCCCCCGCAGGGCACACAGUGCUCUCUGUAAUACGUGUAACCUGCAAUCUUAGGAGAAUGCUAACCCUAAGAAAGAGACUGUAAACUGACCUGUUAAUUUACCUCAAGACUGUCCCUCCGACCCGAAUCUAUUCACCGCACUCCGUCUUUUGUACUGAUGUUGACACUUACUGAUUAAAGAUACAUUUGUUUUACGA